GAGGCUAACUAACCAUUCAGGAAGAAAUAGGUGUGAAUAGCAUAGCCUGUGUUGCUAAAUUCAUUAUAGUGCAAAAAUGGCGUCAGUCAACCCAUUUAAUCUCAGUGAUUCUGACGAAGAGGCUGAAAGGCGACACAGUGAAACAAUUGACACAGAGAGGAGCCCGAGCGAUGGAGCCCCGGGACCGCCACCGGGAAACCCGUUCUCGCCUCCCGCGGACGCCGAGCCUCCGCCGCCGCUGUCUAGCAACCGGACAAGCCCCAGCGGCGGGGAGGGCAUCUCGGUGUCUGCCACGGCCAUCUCCGCUAUGGCAGGCUCCGCAGAGACUCGGAUAUCAGUGGAUGUCAUCGCCGCUCAGCUUUUACGGGACCAAUACAUCCUCACAGCCCUGGAGCUGCACACAGAGCUGCUGGAGGCGGGCAGGGAGCUUCCGAGGCUAAGAGAUUAUUUUUCCAAUCCUGGUAACUUCGAGCGCCAAAGCGGCACUCCUCCUGCCAAAGACCAGGCUCUGGGACCUGGAGGACCUCUGAAUCGAGCGGGCAGCAUCAGCACCUUGGACUCUCUGGACUUUGCCCGUUACUCAGACGACGGUAACAGGGAGUCGGACGAGAGGGUGGCAGUGCUGGAGUUUGAGCUACGGAAAGCAAAGGAGACCAUUCAGGCUCUGCGCGCCAACUUGACUCAGGCAGCAGAAAGUGAAGUGCCCUCUCAAGAGAGGAAAAACUUCAAGUCAAGUCCUGAAAUUCAGGAACCUAUCCGCCCACUGGAGAAAAGAGCAUUAAACUUCCUUGUAAAUGAAUAUUUAUUAAAAAAUGAAAUGAAACUCUCCUCCAUCACGUUUUCUGAUGAGAAUGACGAACAGGACUUUGAGGUGUGGGAUGAUGUAGGCCUUAAUAUCCCAAAGCCCCCUGACCUGCUGCAGCUGUACAGAAACUGUGGCGCCCCCUCGCCUCUGUCCCGGGACAUGGUGGAUGUGGCCGUUGAGGUGGAUUUUGGGGAUCUGCCUGGAAACUGCAUCGCCCCCGAGACCCUCAAGAAGCCUGACCUUUCACAACAGCAACAGGCCGAACUGGUUCAAGAGUUGGAGUAUCAGAUCAGCCUCCUCAACAACGAGAAAGAGAGUUUAGCGGAGCAAAUCAAGAAACUUCAAAGUGAAAUCCAGACACUAAAGAGGACAGUGUCGUCACCUCCUUCCACUGAAAGACUGUCUUUAGACCUGGGCUCAGAAAACACGCCCAAUCCUUCGUCCGCAAACACUUCUUCCUCUGACCCUCUUCCUCCAUCAGAUAACGGCCAGUAUCUGGACAUCCGAGGCGUUUCCGAAUCAGACAACUCGAAACCUCCCAUCACACAGAACACGUCACAAACACACAAUGAAAUACACAAUACCCUUAAUAAGAGGCCUCCAGUCCAGUUUGACCAGCCCAACAUAAAGUUAUCCCCAGCCUUCCAACAGGCCCUCCUCUCCUUCUGUCGAAUGUGCUCGGACAGCCGUCUAGGAGCAGAGGUGUCUCGUAUCGCAGACAGUGAACAGAGUGUUAUGUUGAUGCUAGGCCGCUGUCUUCCACACAUCGUCCCUAAUGUACUGCUUGCUAAACGAGAGAGAAUGGUUGCACAUCUUUGCCAGGAGUUAAUCCCCCUUAUCUUAUGUACCGCAUGCCUUCACCCAGAGCCUAAGGAGAGGGACCAGCUCCUUCACAUACUCUUUAACCUAAUCAAGAGGCCGGACGACGAGCAGAGACAAAUGAUCUUAACCGGGUGUGUUGCUUUUGCGAGACACGUGGGUCCCACUCGUGUCGAGGCCGAGCUGCUUCCUCAAUGUUGGGAACAGAUUAACCACAAAUAUCCCGAAAGAAGAUUGUUGGUGGCAGAAGCCUGUGGAGCCUUAGCACCGUACCUGCCUAAGGAGAUCCGGAGCUCCUUGGUGUUGUCCAUGUUGCAGCAGAUGCUCGCUGACGAUAAGGCCGACAUGGUCCGAGAAGCUGUAGUCAAGAGUUUGGCGAUUAUUAUGGGUUACAUUGACGACCCUGACAAAUACUCUCAGGGUUUUGAGCUGAUGCUGCUAUCCCUCGGGGACCCUUCAGAGCGGGUGGUCAGUGCGGUCCACCAGGUCUUCAUCCCCGCCUUCGCUGCCUGGACCACUGAACUGGGCUCUCUGCACACUGCACUUAUCCCCUCUUUGCUGGCACGGAUAGAGAAACUACUUAUGCAAGGAGAGCAUAGUCUGGAUGAGCACAAGCUUCACGUGUUCCUGUCGGCGCUUCAGUCUCUCAUCCCUCCUCUGUUCGCUGUGGUGCUGCAGAAUGCACCUUUUACCAGCAGAGCCAAACUCCACGGAGACAUACCUGCCAUUGAAGUUACACGGUUUCCAAGGCCAGCCUCCCCACUUCAGGAUGUAGCAACAAUUAUCGGCAGCAGAGAGAUGUUGAGCGCCCUUUUGAUACUUUACGACCACCAGCUUGAACAUGAAGGGACCACUGGUUGGGAAAGCCUUCUCUGGGUCGUCAAUCAACUCCUUCCUCAGCUAAUAGAGAUUGUAGGUCGCAUCAACGUAACCUCGUCAACAUGCGUCCACGAGUUCUCACGGUUCUUCUGGAGGUUCUGUCGCACAUUUGGAAAGAUUUUUACCAACACGAAGGUCAAACCGCAGUUCCAGGAGAUCUUAAGACUAUCUGAAGAAAACGUUGAUGCUUCAGCAGGAAAUGGUAUUCUCACCAAAGCUACAGUCCCUAUCUAUGCCACAGGAGUGCUGACCUGUUAUAACCAGGAAGAAGACCGUAAAUUAUUGGUGGGAUUUUUGGAAGACGUCAUGACAACCCUGUCUCUGUCCCAUGCACCGUUGGACAGUUUAAAGGCCGCCUUCGUUGAGCUGGGUGCUAAUCCAGUGUAUCAUGAGCUGUUGCUCACUGUGCUGUGGUAUGGUGUGGUCCAUACAUCAGCACUCGUCCGGUGCACCGCUGCGAGGAUGUUUGAGUUGAUUCUCCGAGGCAUGAGUGAAGCAUUAGUAGAUCGCCGGGCGGCUCCGGCCCUUAUAACUCUGUGCAGUGGGCCUGAAUUCUCGGUGAGGAUAUCCACUAUUCCAGCAUUUGGGACCAUCAUGGAAACCGUCACACAAAAAGAGCUACUGGAGCGUGUUAAAAUGCAGCUAGCGUCUUUCCUGGAGGACCCUCAGUAUCAGGACCAGCAUUCUUUACACAUGGAGAUCAUUAGGACUUUUGGGAGGGUCGGGCCAAAUGCGGAGCCACGGUUUAGGGAUGAGUUUGUGCUACCACAUCUUCACAAGCUAGCACUAGCAAACAACAGCCAGACGGUGGAGAGCAAACGCAUCGACAUCGCCACACAGCUCUUUGAGGCCUACAGCGCCCUCUCCUGUUGCUUUAUUUCUGAAGAGGUGAUGGUGAACCACUUCCUGCCUGGUCUGAGGUGUCUCCGGGCAGACAUGGAACAGCUCUCCCCUGAGCAUGAGGUCAUCCUCAGUUCUAUGGUCAAAGAAUGUGAAAUCAAAGUGGAAAACAGAGCAAUGGGAGAUCCACAAGGAUCUGCGUCGAUUGCUUCCAGUUUAGUGGGCGAAGAUGCAAAGACCAAGUUCUUGAGCAAGAUGGGACAGCUCACGACGUCAGGCGCGAUGCUAGCUAACGUCUUCCAGCGAAAGAAGUGAUCACUACAUUGACUAUCACGUAUAUCGAGCUGGUUGUAAGCGAUUUGCAGGAAAAAAGGCUUCAAGAGCGUCGAGAAAACCGGGCGAGAAGGUGAAAUUAUUAUCAGACGGAGGUUAUCAAGUAAUGGGUAAAUCUAUUCGUAAAUUUAAAAGUGCAGUUAGGGCGGGGGCUUGCUUUGCGCUGCCAGUGUUAGCGUUUGAGGUUGCUGGUUCAAGGAAGCUUUCGGACAGUAUUGCAAAUCACAGCAACGAACUUUGCAGACAUUAGUAGACGCUCGAUGAAUGAAAUAACAUAAAAUAAGCAAGGUCUUAUCUAUUUCAUGGUGGUUUUUGAUGGGGUUUUGUUGAGAUGGGACAACAAAGCAGUAUAAAAUCAGCCUAUGUGUACAGUUAGUCUGUACGGAUCCAAUGUAUCGCCUACUUGAAACUAUAAAAAUGUUAUGUCUUGCCUUUAUUUCUUCAGAGUUUGUUUUGUUUUUGUUUUGAUAGCUUCUAUUUUAUAAUUUAUUUAUGUCUUAAAUGAAGAAAAACAUACUUUAACUUCCAAAGAAAUUUGCACUUCACUGCUGUUUUGUUUAAAAUAUAUUCUAUUCGUUUUAACGCAGUCUUAUACAUGGACGACAACAUCACUACUGUUAAUUAUUAUUUUGUGGUUAAUGUGAAGCUGCUGGAGAAAUCUUUAAUCUCUUCGUUGCACCUUGUCUGUAUGUGUUGCAGUGUCUAUCGAUAAUCGUAUUUUCUAAAGUGGGGUCUUACGUUUCGUUUCCAUUUUUUGAAUAUGCCCUGAGAGGAACAGUAAAUACUUGUACCAUACACUGAAAUGAAGGUACUCAUUACUAUGUAUAUUUGAAAUUGGUGUCGCACUGUAAUAAAAAAAAUCAAUUGUGUACUCAAAAA